UUCUUUCCACUCUGCUUCCGGGAAUUCGUUCCGUAAGUCUGGAACUGAGAACUCGAGAAACGGAUCCAAGGUCGGAAGCAAAGCUUGGAACAUUUUUCUCCAUAGAUCCAGCAAUGGCGGAAGACAAGGUUCCGGAGAUCUCUCCUCCGACGAUCAGAGCUCAUAUCACCCAUGUUAUCUUCGAUAUGGAUGGGCUUCUCCUCGACACUGAGAAGUUCUACACUGAGGUCCAGGAGAAUAUCCUGGCAAGAUUCGGGAAGACUUUUGACUGGUCUCUUAAGGCAAAGAUGAUGGGGAAGAAGGCGAUUGAGUCGGCCCGGGUGUUCGUGGAGGAGAUGGGCCUUACGGAGUUUUUGACACCAGAAGGGUUCCUUGAGGAGAGGGAGGCGAUGUUGCAAGAGCUUUUCCCCACCGCAGAGAUCAUGCCGGGUGUCAAACGAUUGAUCAGUCACCUUCAUACAAAUGGAAUACCAAUAUGUGUGGCAACUGGGUCCCAUACACCACAUUUCAAACUGAAGACUCAAAACCAUAGUGAAAUUUUCUCUAUAAUGCAUCAUGUGGUUACUGGCGAUGAUCCUGAUGUGAAGAAAGGCAAGCCAUCUCCUGAUGUAUUCCUUGCUGCAGCUAGAAGAUUUGAGGGUACUGUUGAUCCACGCAAUGUUUUAGUUUUUGAAGAUGCACCAUCAGGAGUUGCUGCAGCUAAGAAUGCAGGAAUGUCAGUAGUCAUGGUCCCGGAUUCAAGAUUGGAUGCUUCUCAUCACAAAGAAGCUGAUCAGGUUCUCAGUUCUCUGCUGGACUUUUCACCGAUUGAAUGGGACCUUCCUCCCUUCUGAUAUGACUUAGCAUGUUUCAUCCAAUUCAUUCUUGCUGCCACUGCUGCUACAGAAUUUGUUAAGUUGCAGCAAUUUAUUAUUAUCAUUAUCAUUUUUAUUACAUGAGAAUUGAAUCUUUAUUCAUGGUUCUAGUUUUUGCAGUCAUUCUA